UUAUUUGUUUCUUUGUUGAAAGGCUUGUGAAGUGAGUCCUCAUGCCAGUAUGAUGGUUGCUAAUGCUUUGAAGAAUGCCUUGAACCAGCUUGAAGGGUCCCAGCUCACCAUGGUUACCCCGAUCGAGAAGAGGGCUCGGUCUAUUGUCUCUAAAGUUAUUAAGACCUCUCUUGAGAGUCUCCUCCCAUCCAGUCAUCCAGAAUUGAUGGAAAACAAGGCUUGUGAAGUGAGUCCUCAUGCCAGUAUGAUGGUUGCUAAUGCUUUGAAGAAUGCCUUGAACCAGCUUGAAGGGUCACAGCUCACCAUGGUUACCCCAAUCGAGAAGAAUGCUCGGUCUAUUGUCUCUAAAGUUAUUAAGACCUCUCUUGAGAGUCUCCUCCAAUCCAGUCAUCCAGAAUUGAUGGAAAACAAGCCUUCAGAGGAAGCUGACGAGCCAGGUCAAAGGUCAUAUGAGUUGGAUGACAGGCUAGGUGAAGGGACGGAAGAAGCUGUUGAUCUCUCUUCAAUCAUAGAGAUUUUCCAGGAGCCCGCUGAAGGUACCCCAUCCAUAACACACACCCAAGACUCCAGUGAGAGCGAGAGCGAAGCAGAAGAGGAGGAUGACGCCGUCAUUGGCAUCGUGGAGAACCCUAUCCUCAUGGACGAGCUCCUGCAUGCCGGAGGGCCAUCGGGCGAUACGGACGUCGACGAGGGAUUGCACGUAGUCAUGCACAAGGCAGAUGAUGGACAUCUUAUCGUGGAGGGCGCUGUUCUGACUGCUGAGCAUGAUACUCAGACAAUCACCGAGAGAAUUCUGUCUGACAUCACUUUAGAGAGAGCUUCAGGUAGCUUGUCUGGGGCAUCCAGCUCACGCAGUGGCCUGACGAGGGAGAAGGCAACGGCUUCCAGCAGCAGCAGCAGCUGCUCUGAAGAUGAAGGUGAAGAGAUCCCUGAAGACCACUCCUUCAUCGUCCCCAUCUACCAGAAGAACCUGAUCAACAUAGGAGGACACCUGGUUGAAUCCCACCUCUCUGCCAUCUCUAUGAAGCCAGAGACUGAUGGCAAGGUCCCCAGCAAGGGCAAGUGUGCUGCAAGGAAUUCUUUCAGGAACAUCUUCCGUCCGGACAUGACGUACUGUCAGGGUUCUGCCAGGAUGCUGAGGGAUACGUUGGUCAGGGAUAUCAGGAGUCGUCAGACGGCCAGUCUCCCGGGGAUGGACGUAGUGUGUGAGGUUCUGGAACAAGAGGAGCAGGACAUCAUGGAGAAGCAUUCUGAUGAAGCUCUAGUGACCAUGGAGGAAACAGAGGGACUGUGUUACCUUCCUGUUAAGAAGAAACCCAAACCUGCUGUAGCCGAGGCUCCCCCUGACACUGCCCAAGACCAGGCUGAGAUAACAUCUAGUGAAACACCUCCGGGAGAUGAAGAUGUUCUUCAAUCAAAAACGUGUGAGGUAGGUCGCACCUUGUCAAAUGGAGACCCUGAAGAUACUUUGCUGAAUGCUGAUGGGACGGUUGGUGAAGAUGAUGCGCCAUCAGCAGCAACUGAAGAGAGUGCAAGGCCAACCAUCUCAGAUCACGCACCUACCGAACAGAAGACAGGGAUUAUCCCAUCAUCCAAGUCAGCGGAAGAAGCAAAGCAGAGGGCGCUAUCUGCUGAGAGAAGAAGCACCAAACGUGAGGUAUCUGCACAAUCCGUCGACGCCUCACAAAACCUUGCUGGUAGCGAUGAGGGCAGCAGCUCGGGGGAGGACACCGGUUCUCGCAAACAUGGAAGCCAGAAAUCCAAGAAGGUGAAAUCGUCGAGUGGGAUCAGCGGCCUGUUCUCACGUAUCAGUCAUGUGUUUUCAGGAACACACAAGAACUCAAGCGCUAGCAUCCCAUCUCAUGAAAGCUCGUCAGAACCGGCUAGUCGGCAGUCCUCAAAGAAGAGCGUGGAGAGGUUGACAGGCGGGCCAUUUUCAGAGGGGGCACACGCACAGGAUGGAACAGCUAGCGGUGAGAAGAGCAAUCUUAGCUCAAGUGGUCUCCAGCAGGGUGCCAGCCUCCAGCAGGGUGCCAGCCUCCAGCAGGGUGCCAGCCUCCAUCAUGGCGCUAGUGUCCACUUCACCUCAAAGACCAUAGAUCCUCCUACGCGAAGGGAGAGCAUCUAUGCCUCACACCGACCUCAGACACCUAUCCCUUCAAUUCUCAAUGAUGAGGAGGAUGACAACGAGGACGAGGAGGAGGAGGAGCUCAUCUUCGAGGGGGAUGAUACAGAAGGGGAUGUCCCUGUGAGGAUAGAGGUCCAGGAACCUAGUUCUGAUGUCGAGGCAACUGGAGAGGCAGGAUAUGUCCCCAAACUUCCUGAUGAUAAUGGUCCAAUGAACCCAGAGACUCCGUCUGAAGAUCACCUGCAAAUCAAGAAUGACAGCAACAAUGCAAACACAGACAGUGGUAGCCAGUCGCCCCAUCUUCUGCCUUCCAUCCACACCGGCCAGCUGCAGUCCCCUCAAAUGCCCAGUGAGCGUGCAUCUGCUUUGAGCCAAGCACAAGCUGGUCCUACUCAGUCAGGGAGUCGAGCAUCUCAAGGUAGUCAACCACCGGUACCCCCAAAAGCGAAGUCCCUGUCCAAUCCCAGCCUCUCUGGGGCACAGUCGAUGACCAUCACUGGACGUGCGCUGACACCCAUUGGAUCCAAGAUGGCAAAGUCAGUGAUUUUGACUUCAGAGAAAGAAAGGCGUAGUUCGUUAGGGUCAGUCAGUCAGAGGUCACCAUCAUCGUCAUCUAGGCGGGGCAGCAGGGUGGGGCUUUCACACCACAAGUGGACAGGGUCUACUCUGAAGAUAGCUUCCAUGUCAAGCCAAUCUGCCAGCAAGAUUAAGAGUGCGUAUGGAAGCUCUGCAGGACUCUCAAUCAGUGGCUGCCAGAUCCUGCCCAACAAGCCCUCAAGGUCUAGCUCCUUUAGUCGUCACCAAGCUAGUCUCAUCAGCGCAACGGAGCUAGGUUCCCGAGGGUCCCGCAGUAAGCAUGGGAGCCGGGACAGCACGGUGAUGCCUAGACCGCCCUCUGGAGUCAAGCCAUCAGGGUCGGCUCAGUCAGGUCAUCGGGGGGUCAGAUCACCAUCCGAAGCACAAGUCAUGUCUAAUCCCACCCUUGAUACAGCGAAGGGAAGCUCAUCGUUGCCUAUCAAUCAUCCUAGCUCCAACGAAAGGCUGUUGCCACGUCGGGCCUCCCUCGAGAAAGAAAACCGGAUGGAGCGUCUGUCUACAGAAAGCGUCUCCAGUAGAAAGUCUAGCAAGGAGCAAGUAGGCAAGAAGAUAUCAAGUGGGACGCAACCAAAGCAAGAUGAUUCUGUUCAAGAUCAGAAGCCUGGUGCCCCUAUGCCCAAAAUCAAGGGAUCGCUGACCCCACGACCUCCUAGUCAACCUUUACCCUCUAGACAAAGGUCACGACCUACCUCAGGAGUGAAGAAACCAGCUGAAGACACCGCCGUAGAUGCUGACCAGAAAAUGCUUGAUAAUGACCAAGCCACAUCAGAGGACUAACUGAGGGGUGUUUGGAAUCAGGAUUAGACUUAACUGCAAUAAUAAUAACAACACAUAAAUCAUGAAGAAAGGAGAUUUUAUAGAUCAAACUUGCAAUUGAUAUUACCAACUUCCCACCAGGGUGUGAUAACUGAAAGCACGUAUUUUUGUUAUUUUGGUAACACAAGUGUGAUUUUGUAAUUAUAGUUGAGUACAUGAUUAUUGACUGAUGUAUCUGUCUCAACAUUAAUGUUAACACAUCAUGUAGAUCAUCGGAGUUUGAUUUUAAACAGACCUAUAUCAUUCUCUAACAAUCAGAUUAGUAUUAAAUGAGAUCACAGCACCAUUAUUGUCAACAUGAACUAUACGGAUAAUGUUAUAUUGGAUUUAUUUUAUGCUCAGUUUGAAUACUGUAGGGGAUGAGCAAUCAAAGCCUGUCUGAAUUAUGUGGAGAUGAUAUAUUUAUAAUUAUAUAUUUAUAUUCUAGCAAUGCAAUGUAUGAAUAGUUGACAGCUGACACACCUUGAUUGAGACCAAAGAAAUUCUUGCCAGAUCAUUAUGUUUAUUAUUUAUUUCAUUGAUGUACAACCUGAACAAAAAAUUAAAAGGAUAUUAAAGUGAAA